AGUCUUCGAAGACCUUAUGUUCCCGACGUUCUGCGCCUGUAAAUCCAACUCUGUAUCAGAGAUGCCUCGAUCAAGGUUGUGUGAAGGUUUCUUGUCCGUUAUUACAAUGUGCCGGACGUGCCGGAUGUCGCGUAUGCGAACGACGAAUCUUCGAGAUCGGAAUCGUAAUCAAUCCUUUUUACACGUGCAAUUUGUGAUAUCACGAGAUGAAGGCGCAUAACCAGCCCGGCCAGAUGUGAGGGAUUAACCUAAGAGACCAGGGGAUUCGAGAGGCCGACCAUAUAUAAACAAGAUACAGAUGAUCUCAUAUUGUUGAUACGUGAUAUCGGUCUGAUUUCAUUGAUCUUCACUUUCCUCAUCAUAGAAUCACGUUUGAUUUUUAAGAUAAACUAUGUCCCGUCUACUGUUUUCCCAUAAUUCCACACAGAUGCUGUCAAAGUAUAUGUCACUCAGAAAUGAAAGCAGGCAAAUCCAUCAUUCUUGCAAGAUUCUGGUGGUUGGAGGUGGCACUGGUGGCUGUUCGAUGGCAGCAAAAUUGUCAAGAAUGUUGAAUGAUCCAAAACAAGUUAUCAUAUUAGAACCUAGCGAUGUGCAUUAUUAUCAACCCUUGUUUACCUUAAUUGGUGGUGGUAUUAGUUCAUACUCUUCAUCGAGAAAAUACAUGAAAGAAGUCCUACCAAAAAAUGCAAAAUGGUUGAAAACUUCUAUUGUCGAAUUUCAACCAGAUGUUAACAAAGUAUCGACGCAUGACGGUGACACUAUACAAUACGACAUUAUGAUUGUUGCGCUUGGCUUGCAAUUGAGUUGGGACAAAAUUCCAGGUCUGAUGGAAGGCAUACAUAAUCCCGAUGCGCAAAUCUGUUCCAUUUAUGGACCUGACACUGUGCCUCAUGUUUAUCAGAAGUUAAAAAACACUGGACCAGGAACCGCGAUAUUUACAUUUCCGAAUACUCCGGUCAAAUGUCCGGGCGCGCCUCAAAAGAUCGCUUAUAUUGCCGAGGACUACUUUCGCAAACACAAUUUACGAAAUAACAUCGAUGUCGUGUACAACACAUCCCUGCCAGUUAUAUUCGGAGUUAAAAAAUACGCCGAUUCUCUCUGGGGUGUAUGUAAAGAAAGAGACAUUACUGUUAAUCUUCAAACAAAUUUAGUGAAGAUAGAUCCGAGCAAAAAACGAGCCACAUUUGAAAAACUAAACUCACCAGGAGAAACAUUGGAACAGGAAUAUUCUCUCCUCCAUGUAACGCCUCCAAUGGAGCCGCCUGCAGUUUUGAAGGAACAUUCGGCACUGACUAACGAAGCUGGAUUUCUCAGUGUCGAUCCUAAAACACUACGACACACAAAAUAUUCAAAUAUAUUCGGCAUAGGCGAUUGUACAAACACGCCGAAUUCUAAAACAAUGGCUGCGAUAGCUGCGCAGGGAAAAGUAUUGUACCAGAAUAUCCUGGAUGAUUUGGCUGGUAAACCAAUGACAAUGGCUUACGAUGGUUAUGCAUCAUGUCCAUUAAUUACUGGUUAUGAUAAGUGUAUUCUAGCAGAAUUUGAUUAUAAUUUACAACCAAAGGAGACCUUUCCAGUGAAUCAAGGCAAAGAAUAUUAUGUUAUGUUUUUGCUAAAAAAAUAUAUGUUCCCAUUUAUAUACUGGCAUUUGAUGCUAAGAGGUUAUUGGAAUGGACCUGAAUUCUUUCGUAAAUUCACGAAGGCUUUAAAGAAAGAUUAGUGCUUUUAGGAAGACUAAAAAAAA